AUGACCAAAGCCGAGAGCGAAGCAGAAAACAAGCAAGCUUCGACCGAGGACGACGACGAGCCGGACGAGUGGGACAAGCGCAUCUUCAGCACCGGGUGCUCCGAGGAAAAUUGGAAGCUCACGGAAUGUCACUCAGACAAGAAGGACUGGAGGCAAUGCACAAAAGAGUUAGGUGCACCUAAUGCACCAUUUGACAAAGACACUCCACUCCAACUGUCAGUCAUCUCAACGCGACAGGGGUGCAGGCUACACAUAAAACAAAACACAAUGUCCUCAUUAGCAGCCCGCACCCUGCGGCCUUUACGGUCAUGCUCGGCGCUACGAGCCAGGACCUCAGGGCCCUCCAACGCCCGAUCCGUCAGCUACUGGAAGCCCGCCCAGAACAAAGCAGCAGCAGCACCCUCCAGCCCAGCACCGACGGCAGCAACAACAGCCAGCCCGGCACCGGCCGCGAAGAAGACGUACGCGAGGGCGACGCCGGCCGCGGCGCGCAAACCCGUCCCCACACCAGCCGCAUCCGACCCGGAGCCGCCGUCCCACCCGAUCCUCGACCCGCAAGCAGCCGCCGUGCCUCCGCCCAGCAUCGCAUCCAACUUUGCCCCCGUGCCAGAGGCGUCGACGGUCGCAAAGAGCAUCGCCGCCAGCAGCCACCCCGACGGUGGCGAGGGCGGCGCGACGAUCAACUGGUCCGAGUCGUUCCACGGCCUGGGACAGAGCCCCUUCAGUCCCGAGGCGGCCGCCAUCCUCAUGGCGCCCAUCGACCCCGAAGACGUCGAGGUCAAGCCCGACGGAAUCCUGUACCUGCCCGAGAUCAAGUACCGCCGCAUCCUCAACAAGGCGUUUGGGCCGGGAGCGUGGGGCCUGGCGCCGCGUGGUGAUCUCAUCGUCGGCGAGAAGGUCGUGACUAGGGAGUAUGCGCUGGUCGCGCACGGAAGAUACGUCUCACAGGCCCGCGGCGAGUGCCAAUACUUUAGCGACGAGUCCAUCCCAACGGCGGGCGAGGGCUGCAAGUCCAACGCUCUGAUGCGUUGCUGCAAGGACCUAGGCAUAGGCUCGGAGCUUUGGGACCCCCGGUUCAUUAGAGACUUUAAAAAGAAGCACGCCAAGCAGGUCUGGGUCGAGCACGUCGUCAACAAGAGCAAGCGCCAGAUCUGGAUGCGCAAGGACGGAGAGGCUGGUUAUCCUUGGAAGGUCAAGCCGACUGCUUGAGAAACAGCAAGAAAGCACUCCGGUUCCUAUCAUUUACGCAGAGAUACCCCCCUACUUGAACAUGUAGAGCAUGUUCUAGCAACAUGUGGAUGUUUGUUCUGCCAUGUACAUUACUCUUUUUUUUUUUUUUUUUUUUUUUUUUUUUUUUUUUGUAAGAGAUAGAACUCCGUGUAACUUUAGAGGGCCAUGUACAGAGGAUUGCUAAACACGAACAGCCUACAGCAUACCCA